GUACAAAUUUUUCCCUUGAGAGUAACAGUCUCAGAAAAAUUUCUUAGAGAGCUAUUUAUAUAUUUUUUAUUUAUCGCAGAAUGGAAUAUAUAAGCGGCUAUAAGUCUAUUAUUACAGAUAUUAGUACACAUCAUCGAGGACAAUAUUUUGUUACCGUAUAAUUUGUACAAAUACGUAUGCAAGUGGAAGCUAUACUUGCAUUUUUCAAGAAAGUCACGAAAGCCGCGGGACUGAAUAAUGAAUUAGAAAAAAAUCCAGUUGGUCGGUUACACCACGAAGGGUUGCUUUAAGCAUUGUCUGUACUUGUACCUAUCACAAUCGAAUAUUGAACGAUGCAGUUAUUGUGGAGGAACGUAGACAAAGAACUACAACCGCUUUCGGGAAGCGGAUUUGGAGGAGACACUUGAAAGAUUCAGUGCAACAGUCGGCGAACGAAAUAAAUAAAGGAUUCGUCGCAAGCUCAAGUUCUGAAACAUAUGAGAAUGGAAUCAGACAUGAAUUGGAAUACAGAUACUGAAAAAGUUUUGAAAUUUCAUAAACAUUUCCUUGGCAUAAUUGGACUUUGGGUAUUAGAUGAAAAGAGUGUAUUCUCAAAAAUUCGAUGGUUUAUAUCGACAAUGGUGGAAAUGAGUACAUCGGUCACUUUAUCACUAGAAAUGAUUCGACAUUGUAAUGGUCACGAGGAUGCCAUGGAUGCCUUUUUAGUAGGGUCAUCAUCAAUAAUCAGCAUGAUAAAACUACUCUUACAUCGUGUAUAUUGGAGACAAAAAUCCAUUUUGGUGAAAUCAAUUAUUCGUGAUUGGACUUACGUAGAAAAUUCUCACUCGCGUGAUAUUAUGUGGAAGUACGCGUACAUAGGUAGAAUGGGUUCCUCGACAUUCUUCUACUUCGGUUGUGCCUCGGUCACGUCCUUUGUCACCACUCUCGUGCUCGCCAAUAUCGAUCUAUCCUGGAUCUCUGAAAAGCAGAUGUACAAUGAAACGCACGAAAGAAAAUUGAUGUUAGCAGCCUAUUGUACAUUUGGAAAGUAUACAUCUUCUUUUGCUUACUGCGCAACUGAAAUUCUGCAGUUCGUACAGAUUCUCGUUAAUGGCAUCUCGCAGUGUGGAAACGAUGGGUUCUUCUUUGAUCUCACGAUGCACAUAUGCGGACAAUUCGCAAUUCUUCGGACAAACUUCAGUAAAUUGGGUAGCGAAGACUUUUUGUACCGCAGCAAAUUCGACAUCUUGUUGAAGAGACAUUAUCGUCUUAUAUGUUUGUCACAUUGUCUCGAGAGAGCAUUCACUCUGGUCAUCUUGGCACAAGUGUUGAUGAGCGUCCUUGUCUUGUGUGUAGAAGGUUUCCUUUUACUUUUCUCGCUUAAAACGAAUGACUCUAUUACCGCAACAAAACAUGGCGUUUUCAUUGUUUCACUGUUGGUGCAACUUUUUCUCUACUGCUUUGCCGGACAGACGUUGGAGUAUCAAUCGCAAGGAUUGGCUCACGCAAUCUAUAACUCAUCAUGGUACACUUUUGAUGUGAAGAUGAUGAAAAAUUUACCACUGAUAAUUCUUCGGGCAGCUAAUCCUCAGCAGUUGACUGCAGGAAAAUUCGUAGCAAUGAAUUUUAUGACUUUUAAGGAAAUUUUGAAGGCUUCCGCCUCAUAUUUAUCAGUAUUAAGGGUAAUGAUGGACACGUGA